UGGAAGGUAGGUGGGUAAUUCUGUCACACAUGAGCUGGCCCCCUCAACUGGGACCAAGACUCUUUACAACAAUCAUCUGCUUUGCAGUGGAGUUGGGAUUGCCAGGGCUCAUUGCCAUUUCGGACCCUUUGCUGCAACCUGCCAGGUGGCCCCACUGCUGAGAUGGUAGAUUGCCCAGUCUUCCUGGACUCCUUCCAGCUCCUACCUCAGCCCAGCAGUCUCUUCUUCCUUCUCUUCCUCUGCUUCCCGCCUGGGGAGCCAAACUCAGAGGAGGUCAAGGUGGUUGGCCCUGGGGAUUCCAUCCUGGCGAUCGUCGGGGAAGAGGUGGACUUCCCGUGCCACCUGUCGCCAUACCUGGACGCCGAGCACAUGGAGAUCCGCUGGUUCCGCAGCCAGGCCUCUGAGGUGGUGCACCUGUACCAGGGGCGACAGGAGCUCCAAGGGCGGCAGAUGGCGCAGUUCCGGAACAGGACCAAACUCGUCAAGGACGAGAUCGCCUAUGGAAGCGUGAUCGUACAGCUCCACCGCGUGGUCCCGGCCGAUGAGGGCCCUUACGGGUGCCUCUUCCUCUCUAGCAACUUCUCUGGAGAAGCUGUCUGGGAGCUGGAGGUAGCAGGGAUGGGCUCAGACCCUCACAUCUCGCUUGAGGGCUUCAAGGAAGGAGGCAUUCAGCUGAGGUGUACCUCCAGCGGCUGGUACCCCAAACCCCAUGCACAAUGGAGAGACCAUCAGGGGCAGUGCCUGCCUCCGGUGUUCGAAGCCAUCGUCCAGGAUUCCCAGGGCCUGUUCAGUCUUGAAACAUCUGUGGUCGUCCAAGGGGGUGCCCACCGCAAUGUGUCCUGCUCCAUCCAGAACCCCCUCCUCAUCCAGAAGAAAGAAUUUGUGAUCCAAAUAGCAGACAUAUUUUUACCCGGACCCUCCCCGUGGAAGAGAGCUUUCCUCGGGACUCUGGUGGGACUGCCGCUCCUCCUGGCACUCCUCACCGCGGUGGCGCUGAGCUUCUUUCACAAGCGACAGCGGACCCAAGAAAAGCUGAAGGAGCAGGCGGAGAAGGACAAAGGGAAACUCACAGAAGAGCUGGGGAAGCUGCAGACAGAGCUUGACUGGAGAAGGGCUGAAGGCCAAGCUGAGUGGAGAGCAGCCCAACGGUAUGCAGUGGACGUGACUCUGGAUCCGGCCUCUGCGCACCCCAGCCUGGAGGUCUCCCAGGAUGGCAAGAGGGUGUCCUCCCGAGGGGUGGCGGCGGUUCCGGUGUCCCCCGGCGACCCGCAGCGGUUCACGGAGCAGACAUGCGUGCUGAGCCACGAGCACUUCCAGGCCGGCCGACACUACUGGGAGGUGGACGUGGGCCGGCGCAGCCGCUGGUUCCUGGGCGCCUGCCUGGCGGCGGUGGCGCGCGCGGGGCCUGUGCGCUUGAGCCCGGCCGCCGGCUACUGGGUGAUGGGGCUGUGGAACGGCUGCGAGUAUUUCGUGCUGCAGCCGGAGCGCGUGGCGCUCACCCUGCGCGUGCCGCCCCGGCGCGUGGGCGUUUUCCUGGACUACGAGGCCGGAAAGCUGGCCUUCUUCAACGUGUCCGACGGCUCCCACAUCUUCUCCUUCACCGAUACUUUCUCGGGGCCGCUCUGUGCGUACUUCAGGCCCCGAGCCCCCGAUGGCAGCGAACACUCGGAUCCGCUCACCAUCUGCCCGUUGCGGAUUAGAGGGACAUGUAUCUCUGAAGAGAAUGACGGUGACACCUGGGUACAGCCCUAUGAGUCCUCGGACCCCGCCCUGGGCCUGUGGUGAGGCGCUCUCCUGGCCACAGGGCUGGGUCCGGGAAGCUUCCUCUAGGGUGGAGGAAGCACCCCCAAAAUGUCUGCAGAGGACAGACUCAGCACAACAGAAAGGGGACAGAGAGAGGGACUUGGUCUGUGUAGAUGUGUAUGUGUACAUGUAUGGACAUGAUUUUCUUUAAGAAAAAGAGGCAAUUCCAUAGCUCUUCUGUGUGUAUGAUAGAAUUUAGCAAAUGAGUAAAAACACAUUGAUGUCCCCGUGAGCCUGGGUGUUCACUGUGGACCAGGAAACUGGAAUGGGGAAAAGAAGGGAGAAUCAUGAUUGGAUUAAAGGUAUCAGCUGAUUUGCAUGUUUAUACAUAUACACACACGUAUAUAAUAUGUUUUCUAGUUCUAAAAAGAUCUAGAAACAAUGUCACCUUAUAAGCAAUGAGUUCACCUAGGGCUCAUAUCCCAGUUUUAAAUGCCAAUUCCCGCUAACAUGAACUUGGGAAACUGGCUGAUUCCAGAGCUGGGGCAGAAAAAGCACAAGGUGAGUCUGGACCAUCUUACGCCAUAAAGUACAAAUGUGCUCAAAAACUGAUGGGGACACAGCAGAAGGACAUAGGAGCUAGGUUGACAAGGCUGUACCUACCUACUGUGGGACAAUUUGAACAUUAAAAUGAAUACUGACAUUACAAAAAUAUACAGAACACAAAAAGUAUAGAAAGGGGAAAGGAGAGAGUGAAAGACUGACUCUGUGAACUCAUGGGUUUUACUAUGUGUAGCUAGAUGGAAGAUGGAACACACACGUGAUGGAUGGGUGGGUGGAUGCAUGGAUGCAUAUGUGCACAUACAUGUAGUUCCUAGCUCUGUCUGCUUUGACAAUAACACCCCCAGUACCACUGAGCACAGCUAGCACCCUGCAUUGUUUUUCAUACUAUUUUCCACUAAAUUGAACCAAGCUUCCUUGGAGAAAUGAUCAACUCUGGGGCUGGGGCAGGGAAAACAAGACAGGUGUGAUAUUGUGAUAUAUAGACAUAGAUAUAGAUAUAGAU